GGGGGGGGGGGGAAGGCGGCUCCGCACACCCAAGAUGGCGGCGGUGGAGCUGGAGUGGGUGCCCGAGACGCUCUAUAACACGGCGAUUUCGGCCGUGGUGGAUAGUUACGGGCGGGCCCGGCGCCGGGAUAUCCGCUCGUUGCCUGAGAACAUCCAGUUCGACGUGUACUACAAGCUUUACCAACAGGGCCGCUUAUGCCAGCUGGGUAGUGAAUUUUGUGAACUAGAAGUUUUUGCAAAGGUGCUACGAGCUUUAGAUAAAAGACAUCUGCUUCAUCACUGUUUUCAGGCUUUGAUGGACCAUGGAGUAAAAGUUGCUUCCGUACUGGCCUAUUCUUUCAGUAGACGGUGCUCCUACAUAGCAGAAUCGGAUUCUGCUGUAAAAGAAAAAGCAAUCCAGAUUGGUUUUGUUUUAGGGGGGUUCCUAUCAGAUGCAGGCUGGUACAGUGAUGCUGAGAAGGUAUUUCUUUCCUGCCUUCAGUUAUGCACCCUUCAUGAUGAAAUCCUUCACUGGUUUCGUGCCGUAGAAUGUUGUGUAAGGUUGCUACAUGUUCGAAAUGGUAACUGUAAAUAUCACUUGGGAGAAGAAACAUUCAAACUCGCUCAGUCUUACAUGGACAAACUUGCAAAACAUGGUCAGCAAGCAAACAAAGCAGCACUCUAUGGGGAGCUGUGUGCGCUGCUUUUUGCCAAGAGCCACUAUGAUGAGGCUUAUAAAUGGUGCAUAGAAGCUAUGAAGGAGAUCACGGUUGGCCUGCCUGUAAAAGUAGUAGUGGAUGUUUUACGACAAGCUUCAAAGGCUUGUGUUGUAAAACGUGAAUUUAAGAAGGCUGAACAGCUGAUAAAACAUGCGGUAUACCUUGCUCGGGAGCAUUUUGGAGCCAAGCACCCCAAAUAUUCUGAUACGCUACUAGACUAUGGAUUUUACUUGCUUAAUGUAGACAAUAUAUGCCAAUCUGUUGCAAUCUAUCAGACAGCUCUUGAUAUCCGGCAGUCAGUAUUUGGAGGUAAAAACAUACAUGUAGCUACAGCUCAUGAAGACUUGGCUUACUCUUCAUAUGUUCACCAGUACAGCUCUGGAAAAUUUGACAACGCACUAUUCCAUGCUGAACGUGCUAUUGGCAUUAUAACUCACAUUCUCCCAGAAGACCAUCUUCUCUUGGCAUCCUCAAAGAGAGUUAAAGCACUUAUCCUGGAGGAGAUUGCAAUAGACUGUCACAACAAGGAAACUGAGCAGAGGUUACUUCAGGAAGCUCAUGACUUACAUCUGUCUUCACUCCAGUUAGCUAAAAAAGCCUUUGGGGAGUUUAAUGUACAAACAGCAAAACACUAUGGCAACCUUGGAAGACUGUAUCAGUCCAUGCGAAAGUUUAAGGAAGCAGAAGAAAUGCACAUCAAGGCAAUUCAGAUUAAGGAGCAGCUUCUAGGUCAAGAAGAUUAUGAAGUUGCCCUGUCCGUGGGUCAUCUAGCUUCUCUCUAUAACUAUGAUAUGAAUCAAUAUGAAAAUGCUGAAAAGCUUUAUUUGCGAUCCAUAGCAAUUGGAAAGAAGCUUUUUGGUGAAGGAUACAGUGGACUUGAAUAUGAUUACAGAGGUCUCAUUAAACUGUACAAUUCCAUUGGCAAUUACGAGAAAGUUUUUGAAUACCACAAUAUUUUGGCCAAUUGGAACCGGUUGCGGGAUCGGCAGUUCUCAGUUACAGAUGCUCUGGAGGACGUAAGCACCAGCCCUCAAUCCACUGAAGAAGUGGUCCAGUCUUUUCUGAUGUCUCAGAACGUUGAUGGACAGAGUAGCUAAGAACUCGGUCAAUUAACCAGUUAAGGUUUUUUCCCCCAGGUUACAGGGGGAAAAGUCAUACUGUGAAAUCUAAACCAUGUAGUUCUCUGGGGGCUGGAAUUUGCAUUGAAACACUGGUCCAGUCUACUGAAGAGUGCCCAUACGGAUGAAUGUGUGUUAAAUUCUUAUCAGCAUGUGUAUGGCAUGUUUAGUUCGGCUCACAUUUUUAACUUGGUAUUCCUGAAAACCCCUUCUUUCUCCUUUCAAAAGAAGCUACUUUGCAGAAAGUCUGCAAGAAAACAUUAAAUAAAACUGUUUGAGUUCAAAAGAGUUGCAUUCUUAUUAUGAAUGGAAGGUUUCAUCAAGAGCUUUCUUCUGAUCUAUGGAAAGAAUAAACGCUGUACUAUAAGAAGCUAUACGAGAAAGGUCUUUCUGCUGUAUGCAUUGUAGCAAAGCUAAUGGUAAAUAUCAAGAAAAGGGAGAAUGCCCUAGCCUUGGCUGCUGCCUCAUGAAGAAAAGUGGCACAGAACCACUUUGGAGAGCAAUGUACUCUUUGUGAACCACGAUAGGUUGUUAAGCAAGUGACCACCGUAUGUUGUUUUUAAUAUCCUGAACUGGACCAGUGUUCAUCUGUAAGUGAUAGAAGAUCCACUAGACCAGCAGUCUUAGUUUUCUGUGGUACCAACCAAGAGUGCUAAUCUUCUGAACAGGACCAGGAAAAUCAAAAGUGGACCAGCCUGCUAGAAACAGUUUUUGGACCAGUGGCUUUAAUUUAAUAUUUCUGCCCCUGCAUUCACUUUUACAGUAGAAUUAUUUCAUUUAGAUGUAUGAUCAGUGCAAAAUUAUAUUCAUGUAAUAGAUACAAAACUAGGAAGUGAACGUUCUUUAGCAGUUGCGAUGGCAUGUCUUUACCUAGUAAGCUUAUACAAGUAUUAAUGUCGAUGCCACAAGCGCAAACUAGAAACGCUUAACUAUUUGCUGCAGCCAUCUUUUUUUCCUUUUUGAAUGGGCUUACUCUAAUAAUUGAGGCAGUAACUUGUUUAUACCAGUUAAUAGUUUUGUAUUACAAUCCAGUUCCAUUUUAUGUUUCUGGAGAACACAACUUAUUGUACAGUUUGCAGGGGUCAGCGGAAAAUGCCAAAAAGCACAACAGGUCUUUUUUGUGAUGCUUCAUUUCUACAUUAAACAAUAGUACAACCAGAAACUGAUUCCUUUAUAUUAAUUUAAAAAGCAGAAGUCAGCUGUAAAGAUCCUUUAAUAAUGCCUAUCUCACUAGCUUGUCUUAAUUUUUCUUCUGUUGGGGGGGCUGCUUGGUUGUGUGGUUUUUUUGUUUGGGUGUUGUUUUGGGUUUUUUUGUUUUGGUUUUUUUUUUUUUUUUUUUUAAAUGUUGAGGUAAUACUCAUUGGAAAGUCUGUGUAACAUAGCAAACUAGAAACAAGUCACUACUGUUACCUCAGUUCUUCUUAUAGCGGCACAAACAGUGCUCCUAUAGUUAGGAUUCUGUCAGGUUUGGGUUUUCUCCCUUCCCCCCCUAUUUUCAGGGGUUUGUAACUUGGCCGUGGAAGGUCAGUCCAAGCUGAGGCUCAGCGAGCACGGUUCCUGUGGGACUUGGACUGGAUGUUUUGUUUGGGGUCUGGUUUUUGUUUAUGAAGUUUGGGACAGGAAAAGCUGCUUGCUGGUCUUCAAGAAGGAGUGCAGAGAAGAAAUAGAAAUUUCAGACAUGACUUCAAGUUUAAUGGCUCUUUUAAGAACUGAAAUUUUACAGGCCAAUAGUUCAUAUACUGGUGCCUUCAAGUAUAUUUUGGGGGGAAAGGCUGAAUAAUACCAGCUUUGAAAUGCAGUUAUGUUAUUAGUGAAUGCAGAUUUAAUGAUUGCAUAUUUUGAAUAUCUUCACUGAUGUGAAAAGAACUAUUUGCCUAAAAAAACCCCUGUGGUAUUAAGACUUAGACCGCAGUAUAUCCUCAAUGGCUGUUGAAUGAAAAUCCAACUUAAAAUUACGCAAGGAUAUAAAAUCUGAUUUCUUUGUAGCAAUUUUUGUUUAUGACUGCUUUAGGUACUACAAACAAAUUCAGUUAUCUACAAGGCAAAACAUUUUUGUCCCUGAAUGCCCAUACAGUAGGGCACUGAUGAAUUAUAAAGUUCUUAUGAAUUCUUUUCUUAAGUCCUAUUAAAACUAUUUAAAAUUAAAGGAAGUACUUAAUACUAGUGUCAGAACUUAAGCAGGGAAGUUGUGCUUAAAAUUGUCCUAAAGAAGCUGUGUAAUUUCUGUACUGCAGAAGUGUUUAAAAGCUUCAAACUGGGUACAUGGAUUACGCUUACAUUGUCUGGAGACCAUUUACUUGCUCAGGGUUUCCAGUCUUUGGUCUCCAUUUCUAGCUUUUGAUUAAGGAAUCUCAAAGAUCUCAAGGUUUUGUGUUUGGGACAAGAAGCAUUAUUUGGCUGAUAGCAGUGAAAGUGGUCUACGUGAGCCACUGCUGUUAUUUCGGUUCUGGUUUGGGUAUGUAUUUCAUGCUUUGCCCUCAAGUCAGGGCAACCGGGAGAGCUUCCAACACGGGGCAGCUUAGGGAGGUGUUACGCUUCCAUCUGAUAACCAAAUGCAUUAGUUCAAUUUGUUUAAUCGGUAGCUUUAGUCUCAAAUCUUGCUGGGUGCAUGUACUUUUCUUUCUUUCCUAAAGCUACUUCACCAGCAUGUUCUAUACUUUGGCACAUUGGCUUGUCUGGAAGGAAUUAAGGUCCUAAAAGUCACCCAGAAUUCUCUCCGAUAAUGGACUUUGGCCAAGGAAUGUGGCUUGGCCAAGAGCAGUGAUCCUUGUAGGACUACUAGCAUGCUUUUCAUGCAACUGAAUUAAAUCCUGACUUGACUCUUGGGUUGAACUUCUCCUUGUAGCAUCUCCGCAACUCCAGUCAUGCCAAGGCACGUAAAUUCUGGAGAAAGGUAGCUGUGGUUGAUUGCUAAAGUUGUUAAUGCACAGGAGGCUUGCAGAACAACUUUGCAGCUGCCUACAAAAUGCUCUGUUGCCUGCUCUGCAUGCUGUAGCUUGGAACCUUCACCUAAUGCUGUCCUAGCUGCAAUGUAAUACUUGUUCUCCAUGUAAUAACAUAAACCUGAGCUUUCUAGUUUUUGUUUCUUUAUCUCCUCAAUGGAUUUCUCAGAGAUGUCUGUAUUGGCAUCUGGAGACUAUUUGAAAUGUUGUGGUGUUAGUCGUUAAUCACUGUUACUGUCUCUGCUGUUACAGCUUGUUGUUUGAUAUUUUUGAGAAAGCAGGAGUCCAGUGGAUGACUUGAGAGGAAGGUAGGUGACUUGUCCCUCCAUGCCAACGUGGUUGGAGUAGAUCUUGUAGUAUCACUUCAAUAUUUCAUGACUUCUGCGCCAGGCAGAGGUAAAGGAGCAGAGGGUGUAAUCCCCUACGUUCUCCAUGCCGUGCGGUUUUGCAGUGCAGAAGUUUCCAAUGCGAACCCUGCACCUCCCUCUCUCCCCUUAGAGGCAGAACUGGGGAAUUCCCCUCCUGUCCUACCCCCAGAGCAGGUUUUCCAUACGCAUCUGAAUGUAAGCAUUGGGGACGGGGGCCACGCGUUAGCCUUGCACGCUGGGAGAGCCCCUGCCCCCUCUGACUCAAGUAGCCAACUAUGAAACACUAGAUAAAGUUAAUUAAUUAUUGGCAUUUUAUAGAUGCACAAAGCACCUACUGCUAGCUGAGCAGGUGCUGAUUGGUGCUGGCGUUAAAGGGGGAGACCUGUGAGUGGAAAUCCAGUGAUAUGCAUCUUCCGAGUUUUUCUUGAAGGUAAGUAAUUUAAUCACACCUGAGCAAUUGGAUGCAGGUGGUGAGGACAGGUGUCACCUUAAGGAAAAUUAUUUUAACUAUUGUUUAAAUUAAACCCUUAGUAUUUUAUUUUCAGCAUAAUGUUGUUUGAAUUGGUAAUUUGUACGUCCUAUUUUAUGCGAAUGCUGCAGUUUUGAAAGAGAGGGAGGAAGGUGAUGUCAGGAUUCCUCCGCUGUUCUUAGGACUGGGGCUGUUCUGGAUGACUUAUUAUGGGAGGGGAAAAGUACACAAAGAUUUUAAGAGCUGACAAAAGGGGAAGGGGAAAGUUGCAGAAAGAUUUGAAAAUAAGUAUAUCCCUCAGCUACUUGAAGUAAAACAACUAGUGACUAUUUGGCCCCAAACAGUUGUUUGGUCACUUUUAUAGCAUGGAAUUAAUUACAACCAGUAAGUGUCUGCCUUGGUAUCCUAGUCUUCGUAUGCACUCUUUACUCUCGAUUGAUACCUAUUGUUUAAGACUUUUUUUUUUCUUUUUGCACACAGUUUUUGUUAAAUAAUUUUGAAGGGUUUUUGUUGUUGAAUUCUAACUUAUUAGGAAAAACAAUGUUCUUUUGUAACUUUAAAAAUGAAGUUUUUCUUUUAAGUGUGCUGCAGCCUGAAAUUUGCUAAAGGUGCCAUUGCGCUGCUUCUCAUGGUACAAAAAAUGCACAUUUAACUUGAUUUCCUUUUUAUAGUCCUACGUAUUGGUAGAGUACAAAAAGGAAAAUGCAUCGUGCCUAAAACAUGAUUGAAGCUAUUGACAAAAACUUUACGUGAUUUAUAUGGAUCGGAUUUGACUUUGCAGGCUAGCAGCAAAUAGCAUGGGGGAGGUGUUGCCGUUUAUCCUUCCCUCUGCUGCCUGUGUAGAAACCUUAUUUUAUCUAAAGGUCAUAAUUUCCCUUUUUUCAUUAUGUUUUAUAAUUAGAAAAUGACUGGCCAAAUGUUAGUUGCAAAUCUGACUCUUUGUUGUGGGUGUUUCCAUGUUUGACACGAUUGGCCUGUUGCACGUUGUGUUUCUUGGCCUUGCGAGGAUUUCUGUGAGAAGCGGGGAAGAAAUUUCCUUUACCUAGAAAUAAAUUAAACUACGUAUGAAAAAUUGGUGGCACUGGUAAUGCUUUUGUCCCUAAAUCUCAGGAAUGUUUUAGGCAGUGAAACAGGUUUCCCUUCGGUGAUAUAAAGGUGCGUGCUCUAGGGUUUCGUUUAACUAUAUUUCAUUGCAAUCCUAGGUAUCUAUAGCAUGAGUGGCCUUAGUGAGUUUGUUGAAGUGCACAUUUUUUUUUUUUUUUCAAAAGUAAAUUUUAAGAUGAAGAAGAUAUAUACUAUAUAAAUAUAUAGAGAUAUUUAGAAACUUGGUUUGUGGUGCACAAGUUCAGUGUUGGAUCGCUAAAUAAUUGUCGCAGGUACCAUACGUGUAACUUUUUUCUUUUAUGUAUAUUCCUUUAUGGGAAGCGAUGUUGCCAUGGUAACUACAACUUUACAAUUUCUUUACUACUUAAUGAUGUGAAUGAACUCUACAUUUUAUUGAAUAUUACCAGGUUCAGUACUAUUUUUAUACUUUAUUGAACUACAGGGGAUUUUAAUUUAAUAGCAUUUUAAAAAAGAUGUUGCUUGAACUGUAUAACUGUAUAAAUCGAACUACUUAUACAAAAACCACCUCUAAACCAGAAUCUCUACCUGUAGUGCCACAUUCAUUUAUAUGAGAGUAUCUUGAUCAUUACUAGACUUUGAAGACCACCCUACUUGUCAUGUCAAGACUAACGUUUCGUAUCCUACUUCUCACAGACUGCAGUGCCCGACAUUAUUUGUAACCAUCAAACCAUACUAUGUUUGUAACCAGCAUUGUGAUAUUCUGUAAUUGUAUUGCUAAAAUGAAAUAUUGACCUAAUAAAUAUAGUGUUCCUGCA